GCAAGGUUGUUAUCACGGCUGAGAAUCUCGCUGAGGGCCAAUUGGUGAUGUUCCUUGUCCAUUAUUUUCAUUAAAUGCUAAUGGUUAUCUAACAAGAUUUGAGUUUUCAGUAAUUACUAUAUAAAUAUCAUUCCAUUAUUAUACUAUUCAUGGUUUUCUUGCCAACAUAACAAAUCAUUGACUUACUAUAUGCACAAGUCCUGGGAGAGAAAUUAUCGCAUGUUCACUAUAGUGAAAUCGGGACGAAGGUGCUAAUUUCUAUCGGUCAUAAUACUUGGUUAAUCGUGACUCAGAGUAUUGAUGGUUAGGUCCUAGCCAUCUUCAAAGGCAUAGAGGAAGUAUAUGAACACUACAGGGUCAGGAAGGGAUACCAAAUGUCAGUUUAUAUGGUAGUAACUAAUAAGUUAGAGGCCAUUAUAUUUGACAGAAAUGUUAUCUCCAUUGAUGAGCAGAAAACACCUCUUGGUCACAACUCUAUAAUACCUCUUCAAAUACUGGACUCACCUGAAUUCAGCCGAAAGAAAACAAGGACCCCCUAUAUUAGGGAAAAUGAAAAACAAAAGUCCUCCAGUUAAGAAUCUUUUUCAUACUCCAAAGAAGUCAGUUAUGAAGAGAUCCCCAUCAUCUCAAAGCAUGGGAACACCAAGGUCUCGUGGCAGCACAGCUCCUGUGUCCAUUGAUCCAAUUAUGCUGAAGAUCGUAUCCCUCAAUUGGGUGACUAUAAAGUUGAUGGAGCUGAACACAGGGAGAACGAUUGGCAGUGGUAGCUUGCAUGAUGGACUGUAUCUGUUGGAUGACGUGUGUCAUUUUUUAAAUCUGGGUACCAGUCAAGCUUUGUCAGGAACUUCUAGAAAUCCUUCCCAUGAGGUUAUUCAAUGGCAUAGGAGAUUAGGACAUCCUUCUUUUUCUGUUUAGAACAUUUAUUUCCCAAUUUGUCUACUA